AGAUGGCGCUGGGAGAGAAGAGCAGAGGAUAAGUUUAGCUGUGAGCUGCAGCAGUGCUGUGUCAGUGAGAGCGGGGCGGUGGAGGACAGUAAAGCCUGAGCAGCGGACUCGGGGCGGUUAUUGGUGCAGUCGGGCGCUGGUAGAGGCGCCAGAGAGAGAGCGAGGAUUAACGCCGAGCUGCGGCUCCUGACUGGAGCGAGUUUUAGCAAAGCUGAGGGGAAAGAAAGAGUGCACAAACUUUAUCACCCGGACUCUGAGGCGGCUCUUGUUGAUUUAAUCCGACUAUUUUUGAGACGCGACAGAAAAAACACCGGAGAAUGGCCUGGGCCUGACUACACGUGAAGGAGGACAUCUCAGAAACACCACCUCACUUUUUGGGAUUAACAGUCAGUGUAUGGAUAGAGACUGAGCUCCUAGAAUGACGAGUGCAGCACCAGCCCGCAAGCCGUACCGUAAAGCACCUCCGCAGCACCGUGAAACCCGUCACAACCAGCCCAUGUUCCGAGAGGACCUUCGUGGGAGCCCCACAACAACCUGUGACUCUUCAACUCCAGCCCAGCGUGACUCUAGUCAGGAGUCAUUAUCAGAUGCUGACAAAAUCAAGAUCUUACAACAGCAGAAUGAAGACCUGCGCCGCCAUCUCGCACAUACUACCCACAAAAUGGAGGCAAUGGAGGCAGAGUUUGAGAACCGUCAGCACUACAUGCAGACAGAGAUGGGCCGAACACGAGAUGAUCUGGAGAAGAUGAAAGACAAGUUUCGAAGACUGCAGAACAGCUACACAGCCUCGCAGAGAGCCAACCAGGAUUUGGAAGAGAAGCUUCAUGCAUUGCUCCGGAAAGUGGAGAGAGACAAGAAGACCAUGGAUCAAGAGAUAGUGGAGCUCACCAACAAGCUUGUGGAUGCUAAGAACACUAUUGACAAGCUGGAGGAACUGAAUGAACGCUAUCGGCAGGACUGCAAUUUGGCUGUGCAGCUGUUGAAGUGCAACAAGUCUCAUUUCAGGAACCACAAGUUUGCAGACUUGCCAUAUGAACUGCAGGAGAUGGUGAAUAAGCACAUGAAGAGCAGUCUGCCUGACAAGACCCAGAACCCUCAAGGAGCCGGAGCCCAUGGUCAGGACCCAGACACACUGAGCCUGACGCCAGCUGAUGUGGUGCCCACCUCCGUCAUUGCCCGCGUACUUGAGAAACCUGAACCACUUGUUCUCAACUCUGCUCAGUCCAGUAGCAGUGGCCGGCCAGUGGCUGAGGAUGUGUUUGUCCAUGUGGAUAUGACUGGAUCCCAAAAUGAGCGCGUGGGCCGAGAGAAUGGGGGUCCUGGACAGACUAGGCUUAGCACCUGUACUGGAUCUGAUCAGUCGCAUCUUAACGGUACGUUCCGUAGUCCAGACGGCCAGUCAGCUGACAGUGGGGCAGCACCCUCCUUUGAGAAGCUCAACCCCUACCCUACACCACCUCCUCCGCAUCCGCUCUACCCUGGCCGCAAAGUGAUCGAGUUCUCCUCUGAUGAUAAGGUAAAGAUUCCUAAGAACAGUCCACUGCCUAACUGCACAUAUGCCACACGCCAGGCCAUAUCCCUCAGCCUGGUACAAAAUGAAGAGGAGGUUGGAGAACGGCAGCGUACUGUCCCCAACAGUCCUGCAGUGUCCGAUGGAGGUUCGCGUUCUGGGACCUCCUCAUCUUCAGGUGGAGGGCAUGCAUCACACCCACGAACGCCUCAGCAGAGCGAUAUCACUGAUCCUUUGUCUAGCCAGUCAAGUCCAUUCAGCAGCCCACCACAGCCACCGAGUGCCUUUGCCAGCUCAGGUAGCUCUGAGGAGGACUUGCUCACCAACUGGCAGCGAAUGUUUGUGGAGAAGAUCGCACCAUCGUCAGAAGGCACCCUGGUUAACCGCACCUCCUUCAGUAGUGAGACAGUAAAGGAACUCCAAAGGAGUCGCAAUAGCAAGACGGGUAGAGGAACGUCAGACCGAGGGAUCCUGCGUGGAGCCUACUCCGAUGGAGAAGAGGGCUCUUCUACUCAAAGUUGGACGGCCAGCAGAGAGUCCAGCCUGGAUACUGAUACAAGCAGCAUUGCAGAUCUGCGCACCAAAAGGGGUGAGUAUGGUGCUACCUUUUCGCAAGAGGAGAGUGAGCAGUUACUGAUGGCUCUGGACAAUGAUGAUGGUGCUAGUGGUGACACGAUGGUCAUGGUGGAGUCCAGCCCAGCCUCUGCCAAGCAGCAGGAGUUUGCUGAAGAUGGUGGAUCUGUAGGCAGCCCAGCUGAAGUGCGAGACGUCCUUCCACAAGACUUUCCCAUCAUCAGCCCUAGCGUCCUGGCCGGCUUGGAGGACUACACAGAAAAGCCUCCCUCUCACCGCCACCAGCCUGGCUCCACUCGGCCUCAGAAGAGCCCCAAGAGGAUGGGGGUCCAUCACCUGCACAGGAAGGAUAGUCUUACCAGGGCUCAAGAGCACGGAAACCUGCUGGACUGAGAAAGUGGCUAGCCCCUUGCUCCUUACUUCACCUACAGUGCUCUUCUGCUCGUUAGAUCACACGUCUUACCAGGCCACAAAGGGAGGCAGGAAUCACACUGGUGAUUGAUCAGUGAACACCCAGGCUGCUUUCUUUUAUGGGUAAUUACUGGAACACUUGAGUCACUUCUCAGAAGCAAGUAGUUCACCAAGUUGUGGCAUUUAUAGUACAGAUCGAGGUGAUCAUAAUACCUUGAUGAAGUCUGAUGUACUUCAAUCAUCCUUUAAGAAUGUGCGAGUAUAUAAGAAGUUAAUUUUUCCAUGCUCCAACAUCUUCAGGACAUCUUCAAGCUGUGGUGGAAAUUACGAGAAGAAUACAGGAUAUAGCCAUAUAAAGACAUCUCUGUAUUUGGCCAAUGUAUUGUAAUGCGAGACGUCCAGAUGAAAUAGCACUGUAUCGUUUUGCCGUAAGGUAGAAUACCACAGAAACUGGAAGCAAAGACCCCUUUUUUUAUUGAAGGGUCUCAAAGUGAGCUGUUUAUCUUGAAAGAUUAAAGACUGAGAUGGUAUUCUAAACUGAGGAUACUGUUGUAUGGUUUGGAUUAUGCAGGUUUCGUGGGCUCCAGCGGAUUUGAAUCUUUCAGUGCCUAACCCUUUUUAAAUGAUGAAUGUUUUCCCCAUCGCCCUUUAAAAAGUAUUGCUCCUUCUGUCUACUUUCCGUUCGCGUCAGAACUAAGACUCCGUUCUGCUGCACAUCUAUGGCAAACACCUCUUUUCAUCAAGCUGCCCGUCACGUUUUCAUCCAUUUCCGAGUUUUUUUUUUUUUUGGACUAUGGAAAAAUGUUUUAUUCAGACUUCAACAAACAUUGAUGAAUAUAAAUUGUCUGUGAGUAUAAAAAUAUUAUCCAUGAUGUUUUAGUUCGUGGCAUGUGGCUCAAGUCCAUAAAAGGAUUUCCUGUUAA